GUACAAUAGCAGGUGGCGAUGGAAAGGCGGGGAUUCAGAUUAAUUUGCAGCAAUAGCAGCAGUAUUUGAAAUGUUUAAAAUUAAAGUUUUAUUUACAGUUAUUAGCUUAUAUUCAUCAUUUUCGGUAGAACAUAGUAGAGUAUAGGUUUAAGUUUAAUAAUUGAUAUUGUGAAUGUAAUCAGACGUUGAUUUGAUAUUCAAAAUAAAAGCUAUUUAAACAAAUCAUGAGCCAAGACAUAUCUGGCGACUUAGUUACAUAUAUACCAGAAAGAAAGCAUGCCAAACCAAACCGCAGGGUUAUAAAGCGACAAACAACUCUUCGACCUUUCACCAUUAGACUACCUUCUGCACAACAGACUUCUCAAAAGAAUAGUUCUUUGAAAAAUGUGGACUUGGUUCUACCAUCUCAGUCUCCUGUUACUUCUGACAAUCUUUCGCCUUCUCAAGGAAUCAGCCAUGGUUUUCAAACAUCUACACCAGUUCGACCAAAAGAGAACAUUCCAAACAUUGGAUUUUUACCUUCUGGCUCACCUAAUUUUGUACAACAUUCUCCACCAGCCUCAUCGCAGACAGAUCAAAGAAAAGAAUCAUCCCUAACACGUGGGCUCCUGAGGGCUCCUGAAGUACUUGAAACACCAAAAUCUGACGAGAAGCGUGAGGUUCAAGCUAAAAAACUUAGCUACUUUUGUAGUACAAGUAACUCCAAUUCUCUCUCGUCUGUUAUAAGAAACAUACAACAAGAUCUUUCCUUGUCAGUUUCUAAAAAAAACAUCGUAGAAGAUAAAGAAAAAAGCUUUCCAUCUUCCAUAAUAUCGGGUAAUAAAGAUGAUUUAUACAGCCACAAAUCUUCAGCAACUAAAACAACUUCCAAAACUACAAAAAGUUUAGUUUCUUCUCAUUCACUCAAUAACAAAGGUACUGUAGUAGAAGAAUUUCCAUUGAAAAAUGAGUUGUUUGGACAGAAAACUCAUAGAAGGGUGUCAUCUCUUAAGGAACCAAUAGUUUCAACUAAACACCAGGACAGGCCUGAAACAUCAUCUGGAAUUCAGGAAAUAUCAGAGGUAGUGAACAGCUUAAAUAGAUUUUCAGAUAGACAUCAAGAACUGAAUACUAAGCCAGAACAAAGUUUUACUAAAACUUUGUCUUACCAGAAAUUUUCCGGCAUUUUGAAAAAGCACAUUGGUGAAGAACCGAGCAAUGAGAAGCUACCAGCCAGAUCACAAAAACAAAAUUCACCACUAGUUGAAAAUGUAUCUGGUAAUCAGAAAAAUAAUAAAAGAAAGGUAGCCUUCAGAGAAGAAAGUUCUCAGAGAAAUGUUAAAAAAGGCUUAGCGGUGCGAAAAACACCAGCUGGACAUAAUUUGAAAAAAUCUCGUGUCAAUGUUGGUAAAAGAAAAACAUCUUUGGAACCAUCACCAAGUGAAGAUUUGAUGAAAACUCGAUCUUCAGCAAAAACCUUCCAGAUUAUACCAGGUUUAAGAAAAGUGACUCCUCCUUCUCAACCAUUGAAAAGGAAAGCACCUGAUAUAAAACCGGUCAAGUCCAAGCAGCUUAAGACUACUGAUGAACAGCAGAUCACAUCUGAACCACAACAAAAAAUCAAGUUUUGGAAAGGUCAGGAGGUGAAAAGACAUGUCGCUGAUAUCGUGGAUUUGGAUAUUAUGCUUAUGGUUAUUAAAGAAAUCAUAGAAGAAAUGAGAAAGAGUACGAGAAAUGAGAGGACCUUGGGAGUUUUGUGUGAGUUGGAGGAUUCUGUGGAAACCCAAUUUAAAGAGAUGAUCUUAAAAUUGCAUAAACAGAGGGUUAUGAAAAUGAAGAUCCUCAAG